CGGACUACCAACACAACCAUCACAGGCAUUCAAUCAAACUCGCAGCCAGUACCAUCCUCUCCUACACCUCACCUAACCACCAAGAUGAAUUCCAUGUCCACCCCCCGGAUAUUACCUGCCCACUUGCACGCCUUUGCCCCCGGAAGUGCCACCGGUACUGUGCGCAUGCUAGGCACCAUCACCACUGUCAGCGGCGACCAAGCAACCCUCACUUGUGGUUCUGACGCUGUGACAAUCCUGUUAAACCGAGAUAACCAUCUUUCCGUCAACUCGCUAUACGAAAUCGUCGGCAAGGUGAUCAAUCUUGACGGUGGGCAUGGCUUGGGUCUGCGAGUUUUAAGUGCCACAGAAUGGCCGAGGGGUCCAGAUGGCCAAUUGCCUGAUAUCAAGUUGUUCGAGGCUGUGGUGGACGUAACACAUCGGUAUAAAGGGAUCUUCUACGAAGGAGAGGGAGAUACUGAAACAGGAGGAGCGACGUAUUGAUGGUCUGAUUCGAAGAAAACGUUUAAUGUACUAUCGAUGAACAAGGUUGCAAUGAAAGGACAUCUGUGUGGCAGAUUCAAACAUCAGAUUCCAAAGACAUUUGAUCUUCUUUGGGCACGCAACGACAUUGUUGCCACUGCGCAAGUGCCAUAAAUGCACGAUUCAUGAGGACGCCAACAUAGUCCCGAACAGAUACUGCUGAAGGGGAUUGGCCUGCAAAGUACAAUACUGGCGCAAGGGAUAUUGGCUAUGGGUUCUAUGUUUGUGAUCAACUCUAACAUGUUCGUGUAUCAUAUUACUCUGGUACAAGUCGAGGAUGAAACCGUCUGCCCGAUAAGCGAUUCUGUUGAAAACUAU